GCCCCUCGCCCUCGGCCGAGCGCUUUCCUCUGCUGGUUCCCCGGGUUCCCCUGCUUGCUAGCGGGCUGCUCAGUGCGUCUUUCCCCGCAGGCGUCAGGUACUGCGCCUUCAUGGCAGAGGUGAAGGUGAAGGUGCAGCCGCCCGACGCGGAUCCGGUUGAAAUAGAAAACAGGAUUAUAGAAUUAUGUCACCAGUUCCCUCAUGGAAUCACAGACCAAGUAAUUCAGAAUGAAAUGCCUCAUAUAGAAGCCCAGCAGCGGGCAGUGGCCAUCAAUAGGUUGUUGUCUAUGGGUCAGUUGGAUCUCUUAAGGAGCAAUACAGGCCUUUUAUAUAGAAUAAAGGACUCUCAGAAUGCUGGCUCUAUCUCAUUCUUUUUAAGUAAAAUGAAGGGAUCAGAUAACCAAGAAAAACUAGUAUAUCAAAUCAUAGAGGAUGCAGGAAAUAAAGGAAUAUGGAGCAGAGAUAUCCGUUAUAAAAGUAACUUGCCAUUAACAGAAAUCAACAAAAUUCUGAAGAAUUUGGAAAGUAAAAAGCUUAUAAAAGCUGUGAAGUCUGUAGCUGCCUCAAAAAAGAAGGUGUAUAUGCUGUAUAACCUGCAGCCAGACCGGUCUGUGACUGGUGGAGCCUGGUACAGUGACCAGGAUUUUGAAUCUGAAUUUGUAGAGGUGCUUAACCAACAGUGUUUUAAAUUUCUACAAUCCAAGGCGGAAGCAGCACGAGAAAGCAAACAGAACCCAAUGAUACAAAGAAAUAGUUCAUUUGCCUCAUCACAUGAAGUGUGGAAAUAUAUCUGUGAACUGGGAAUUAGUAAGGUAGAGUUAUCCAUGGAGGACAUUGAAACCAUCCUGAAUACACUAAUUUAUGAUGGGAAAGUGGAGAUGACAAUCAUUGCUGCAAAAGAAGGCACAGUUGGCAGUGUAGACGGACACAUGAAACUGUACAGGGCAGUCAAUCCAAUCAUCCCGCCCACGGGUUUGGUCCGGGCACCCUGUGGUCUCUGCCCGGUUUUUGAUGACUGCCAUGAAGGUGGUGAAAUUUCACCAUCUAACUGUAUUUACAUGACAGAGUGGCUCGAAUUUUAAUAGCUACGAACUUUACUGACCUUUUGCAAAUGAAGUUACUUUGAGAGCAGAUAAUUUAAUUCAUGAUGGAACAUCAAAUCUCCUUGAAAGCAAACUUCACAAUAAUGGAUAUAGACUUGCAGCUAUGAAAACAUAUUUUUUUAUUUAUGAAGACUGAAUUUAUAUUGGUAAAGUAGCCAGUAGAAUAUGAAAGAAAUAAGGUUAGUAGUGAAAUUCAUUCUUCAAAAAAUAAAACACUUUGAAACUCUGGAGGACCACAUCUUUCAAGACUUCUGAUGGGUCAAGGAAAAAGAUGCCAACAUACCCAUAUUUACCAAGUACUAUGAUAAUGGCUAGAGUGUAAAAAUAUCCUUUUAAAAGUUAUUUAUUAAGUUCUUCAUUGGAACUUUUUUUAAUAUCUGGUUCACUAUCACCACUUCUGUUUUCUACUUUCUCAGUGGUUUCAUUGAAAAGAAAUUAAAAGUGGUUAAAGGCAGGAAUAGCAAAGGAGUGUAUGCAGACUUGGGGUAUGACUUGACUAGGGGAGAGUGGAACAUGCCUUUUCCACACAUUAUUAAUUCCUUUUAUUUCAGAAAUAUUCUUUUAGAUUAUGCUACCAUAUUUACUUCAAACCCGAUGACUACUGUCAAGGAUAUAUUUUCAGUACAUAAAUAUCAUUUUCAUCCUAAAGAAUAUUUUCACUCUUCCUUCUUUCUUAAAGUCUUAUGUUUCACUCUGUAAUUCAGAUGUAUUCUUUGCUAGAAUUUUCCCUAGAUUCUUAUUUGUCUGCAACAGACGAAUAUUUGUGUGCCCCCAAAAUUCUAAUGUUGAUAUCUCAUUUCCAAUGUGAUUGUAUUUGGAGGUAGGGCUUUGGGAAGUAAUAGGUCAGGAGAGUAAGAGCCCUCAUGAGUGGGAUUAGCACAUGUAUAGAGACCCAGAGAGCUCCAUCACCCCUUCUGCAACAUGAGAGAGAGAAGACAGCCAUCUGCGAACCAGGAAGUGGGUCCUCACCAGAAAACAAAUCUGUAAGCCCCUUGAUCUUGGACUUCCCAGCCUCCAAAAUUGUGAGAAAUAAAUUUCUAUUGUUGAUAAAC